UGUAACUUCAAUUUGAAAGUGCUUUUCCUUGUACAAAAUUGAGUAACCAGUUUGAUAGGAGAGCGGAAAAUGAAAGCUUCGGACGUUUCGGCGAGAAGUUACAGCGUUGAAGGCGAAGUGAAGAGAGAUAAUAAACCCCCUUUCAGGCGAGCUAAGGAUGACACAAAGCCAAUUCUCCAAGACCCAAUACUGAGAUCUGACCCGAUAGAGACCGAGGAAGCUGUGCUUCGACUGCCUCCUUUACCAGUCAUCAGAUCAAAAUCCCAAUCCGAAUGAAUUUGUAUGUUCUGAUAUGGACCUAAAUUAGAUAGAUUUCCAUUUAAACUGUUAUUAAAACAUUAUCUUAUGAAUAUUGAUGUGGGUUAGUUGAACUUGGUGGUCCAAAUUAUCAACCAACAUUUUUUAUUGUGAUA